UCCGUCUCCAUUUUCUCCUCAAUUUUCGUCUGCACCCUGUUUGCAAUUAUAUUUUUUUCAAAAAGGUUUAAUUAAAUACUAUAAUUAUGUUUAAAUUCGGAGAAUAUCAACCGGAUUAUAAUCCAAAAAUCCAUGGUACUUACGAUCCUGCUCGCUUCUAUGGAAAACCUGAUACACCUUUUGGAGAAGUAAAAUUGAGAGAACUUGGAUCGUGGUUUAGUCGCCGUCAAAAAUCACCACAGGCUUUUGCUCAAUUAGUUUCAAGAGCCUGGUGGCGUUGGCAACAUAAAUAUAUGUUGCCCAAAAAUGCAUUAUUUGUUGGACCCAUGCAAUUAGUUUUUGGUGGAAUGGCUUUAUUCUAUUGGAUAAAUUACGGAAAAUUAAAACAUCACAAGAACUUCAAGUACCACUAAAAAUUAUCAGCAAUCUUUCGCAAUUAUAGAAAAAUUCAGAAUACGAAAAAAAAUAAAAUGUAUAAUAAAUAAACGAGAGGUAAUUCUAUUCUCGUGUAAUUGUAAAUGUUAA